AGUCGACUAAAGAGGACAAGGUGUGUUCUUAGGUACGAUCUUCUGCUACCUUAACCAUUACCCUGGUUAAGAUUAUUUUUUAGCAUUUUUAGCGUUUCUUAAAGAAGAGAAGAUGGAGGCCACAGAAAGGGAAAACACAGAGGACAUUGAGACUCUCAUGGAGGACAUGGACUACAUCCCUGGUCACUUCCACCUGGAUCUAAAUCUUAACUGUGAUCCUACUGGGCCAGUGAAGCUGAGACAUCGGGACACUUAUUUAAGACAGGAAAGCCUGCGAGCUGAGCUAGAAGCAGAAGUUGGAUAUUUGCAAUAUGCUGUGCGAAAUCUGUUGGGCCUGCUGGCUUUUAACCUGGAACAGCUGGACACUGCUGAGGAAAUAUUCAGGGGCAUUUGCAAAGAGGACCCUGGGAAUCUGAAUGCCUGGGCAAACCUGGGCUACGUGUACGACAAGCUGGGACGAGAACUGGAUGCAGGCGAGUGUGUGGACAAAGUGUCCAACCUCAUGGGCUUAGAUGGCGGUGAGGCGUCUCAGGAUGAGAUCAGGAUUAUGGCUGCACGCUGCCUGGUCGAGCAGGCCUACGUCUUUCCGUACGAUAUAGAGCUGGACAGCGACGACGAUUUGAGAGAGCGACUGAACACUGCACUGUCUUUUUACAACAGAGCCCUGCAUUAUGGGGGUGACCUGAUACCGAUAGAGGAAAAACGAAGCUGGUAUUUUAAAAUGGCAACAAUCUACAUAAGGCUGGACAACAUAGUAAAGACCAAAGAGGAUUCUGAGUACUCCAGACUUUCGCACUACAAUAAAGGACUCCAGUUUCUGAAAGAAACACUGGAAUCUGAGAAAACACAGCACAAAGCUCUAGCUUGGUGUUAUGUCGGCAUCAUGUUAGAAAGGAAGAAGGAGUUUUCCCCUGUGCCCAUGUCCAUACACGACUGCGGUUUCUCGGCUUCGGAUCCUCUGUCCUGUUAUGGAACUGCCAUAAAUAUGGCCAGUGACGAUGCAUUUAUCCUGAACCUUCUGGCCAGAGUCUUCUCUCUGCUGGGUAAACAUGAAAUGGCUACAGGGAUCUGCAAUAUGGCCCUAAAUGUGCUGCCAGAUCCAGAACUCAACUGGCAGGCUCACUGCACCCGUGCCAAGAUCAAUAUAAUCCUGUACAUGGGGGACCUCGAGAAGGCAAAGCUUGGUGAUGGUGGAAUCCCAGACCGACAGAAGCUAAUUGAAGCUAGAAAAGACUUAGACAAAGUACUCGGUGUACGCCCCUGUCUUCGAACACAUUUGGAGAUGGCACAGGUAUACUACUACAUGGGUGUAGAUGCACUCCAGGAGAGCCUUUUGGUGGAUGAGAGUGCAAUAAAUAGUGCCCUGGUGAGUUUGUCUCACGCUCUGAAGUUUGAGCUGGGAGACUGCUUACCGGAACUUCAUGUGCUCAGAGGACGCUGCCUCCUCGUGAAAGGCGAGGAGCAGAACGCCGUAGACUGCUUCAAAAAAGCUCUGGAGUUAGAGAAACAAGGGAGCAGAGACACCACAGCCCUGCGCUGCCUCUUACAGGCUCUCCUGACUCUGUUCAUGCAGGGAGACCCUGACCCUGGCAUUGUCAUCACUCAGCUGGAAAUGUGGGUGCUCAAGGCAGAGGAGCUGUACUCUCAGGACAUAGUGAAGGCUGAGCUGAGGUACCUUUAUACGACACACACGGCAGAGGUUACAGAGUUAUCGAGGGUUCUGAUCAAGACAGGACGCCUGGACCUAGUGAGGAGGCUGCUGGAUACAGUGGUGCCUAAACAGCUGGCUAAAAAGAGAUCACUGGUCUUUAGGUCGGUCUCAUUAACAUGAUACAAAGAUGUGGCUUGAACAGUUAUUAAAGAAUGACUUAACAUAAUUUCAUGUAUUUAAAUAAACAGCUCUUACUAAGUGCUGCCUAUACAGCAUUUACAGGAUGUUUUCUCCAAACUGUGAUUAAUCUAUCGUUCUGUUUUUUGUAAGAUAAUAGCUGUAAGGUAUCAUAUUUUUUAGAGUGCUUCGCAAACUGAGUAGUUUUACAUCUUAAGCAGUCUUACUGCUAUUGCAAAACCCACACACUGUCCCUCUACCUCUCACAUAAUAGAUGUUUUACCACUAAUGACCUGCAGAUGGGGGUAUAUACCAUAAGAUUGUUGAACCAAAAACAGAGUUGGCAACAAUGUAUCGUGAGCCUUUGAGAAGUGUGAUGUAAGUGUUUAUAGGACAUUUAAAAUUGCAUUUAAUAAAAUAAUGACUUUUGGAACACUUAAUACACCAACUCUUGCAGAUGUGGAAUCUCACAGGUUUGAGGGGGUACAAGCAUUUAGUUGACACAGUGAUUGUUGAUAUUUUCCUUAAUUUAAAUACAUGUCUAUUAAUUUGUAGUUAAAUGAAUAAGUUAUGAUGACAUAUACAAAGCAAACCUGUUGCUUCAUCCUGCUGCAAUUUGAAGGAUAAAAUCACACAGAAAUGUAUGUUGGGACUCUGUAUUUUUUAUACUAACUUAUACGCAAGCCUUAGUUACCGGUAAGGAAAGUACAGCUGGUUUAAGGGUUUUCUUUCCCCAAUAUUUGAAAGGUACAUUUCUAAAUUAGGGGUGUAAUCUUCUGUACUUAAAAAUACUUACCAGCAAGUACAGUAGAAAGUGAAAAUAAAAUGAAAGUAAGAGUCUGGAAAGAAGAUUAUUGGAAAGAUUAUUUUUGCCAAAGUUUUUUUUUUUUUAAAAAAGAUACAAAUUAGUAAAACCUUUAUAUAUGUUUUUUUUUCUUUUUUGUCUUGCCAAGGAUAUCAAAAUGAGUCAAGUGUGAAGGUGAGUGAUUGUAUGUAUUUAUGUAUUUGCAAAAGCAGCUGAAGCAGUCUCCACCUUUCUGUGGAAGCCAAAAUGGAUUUCCAUUCCAUUGUUAUUCAAAUAUUUUCACGUAGCCUUGAGUUUGUCGUGACACAUUUCAGACGUCUCUGCUGACUUCACUGCCACUACACUGGGGACUCGUGAGAUCUUGUUUACAGAAUAUAACAUAUAACACGAUGCUCAGGACGGAUUUCAUUCAAAAGUAUAAAACAGUGGAAAAUUACAUUGUAAAUUUUUACAUAAAAGGAAAAAUGCUUUUAUUAAGUUCAUUUGACAACUUCUUUUGUUGAGUGCCGGUGCAGAAAGAUAGAAACUUACAUGAAGGACAAAAACCACGUGAAAAAAAGUUACAGAACUACACAAAGAUUUCAAAAUGUUAUUAAUCUUUUUGUUCUAUCAAAUCAUAAACAAGAAGACUGAAAGUCACAAAGUAAACCUAGACUGAAUGCUGAAUGAGCUAAGGCAAAGACAAACUUUAACUCUGCUUUCUUUAAAAGUUAGAUUUAUGAUAAUGAUUUGAGUUACAAUUUGUCUGAUCCCCCAUCGUAAGGCCUUUGACCGUUUCUUGUUUUAUUUAUUGCAAAUGUGUUUGAUGAGUCAGAGGUCUUUAAAACAGGGAUUAAAUUAAAAAUAUGCAUGAAUAAAACAUAUUGUUCUUGUCUUUAGAUCAUCAAAGCAAACCUCUUACCAGCUCUUUAAAAAAAAGUCAAAACCAAAUACCAGUUCACUUAGUCACAACAAACAUAGUUAAACUCAAUCAAAUGCCUUUUUAAAGACAGAGCACACCAAUGAAAAGCAACCCUGGCAUGAAGCCAUAACAGACUCUCAUCUUUGCCUGGUGGACUUAACUGGUGCAGGCUGCAUGUUGAUGACACUUGUGCUUUUCUUGCGAAUUUUUAACUCACGGUGCAUCUCACACCAAGAGCACCACACACAGAAACAGGAACUCAUCAUGUCCUUACAGAUAGAACCCUGUAGAGAAAUAUUUGGUAAUUAUACACUUUUACCACUUUAUCCAGUCAUUAGUUACAGCUAUAGCUUCUUCCUCCCAUCACCCCAAUCGGUUGUGGCAGAUAGCUGCCCCUGCCUGAGCAUGGAUUUCUUUCUGUUCAAAAUGAGUUUUUCCUUUCCACUGUUGCCAAAUGCUUGCUCAAAGUGGGUCAUUUGAUUGUUGGCAUUUUCUCUCUAUUAUUAUAGGGUCUUUACCUUAAAAAAUAAAGUGCCUUUAAAAAGAUUGGAUUGAAUUAACUAUUACUGAACUGAACUAUUACUAAUACUUGAUUCUCUUUAUUUCUGACUGUGGGAAUGUAAAAAACAGCAGAAAUUUUUAACAAGAAUUUCUUUGACAAAUUUACCUUGGUGCCAUAUUUAUAUCGAAUCCCAACCUUAAUGGCCAAGGCAGCAGGAGGUACAACAAUUGGUAUCCCAAUGGCUGAGGUCACAGCUGUGCUGAACAUGUCGCAUAAUGGGACACAGCGGUGGUCUCCCAUCUGUCCUACAACUGUGCAGGUAAGGCAAGGGCAGCACCAGAAACCAUAGCAGCCUGAAAACAACUGCAGUACAAAAUACGUAGUACAUGAUUUAAGCGACAACACAUAGUGUACAAUUUCAUAGAGAGUUGUUGAUGCUUACAAGAUGUCAUGUGUUUGCAAGCUCCUUUGACUACGAUGACCUGGAUGACUGAGAACCUUCACAGACGUCAUGUGUUUACAACAGUCACAGAGGGUGGCACUCUAGUUUGUCGAUGAUUGUGUUUCCAUUGUCGUUAAAUGUUAGUCACAGAAUAAAGUCAAAUUACCUGUUGAUACAUAGGAAUCAGUACCAAGCAACAGCACCUAAAUAGCAAAAUUGUCACUUUCAGCAGCAAAUAUUUGUUGUUGAUUCAAAUGCGGAACAUUGAUUUGGAUGCUGAAAUGCUUAGUAACAACAUUAAAACAGAAAAAACCCAACCUGCUAUCUUCUACAGUUGAAAUACAUAAAUGUCAAUGUUAAGUUUUAAAGACAAAAACACUAAAUCUACACACAAUGCCAAUAGACAUCAGUUACAGGCCCUAAGCAUGUUUUAAAAACUACUUCAUGCUUUAUGCUAGUACUAUAUACUGCUUUAUGUCUUUCAAUAACAAUCACAAUACAUAACAUUUCCUAUGAAGAAACACGAAAAAAAAAAACAACCAACAACAAAAAAAACUGUACCUGUCAAAGCUGGGUAUGUUGUUGUGAAGUCAGGUAAAUAUGAAAGAACAUGCCUUCUGUGCCUUUUGUAUUAUACAAUCACUUGGCAAAAACAAUGUUGUAGAACCAGAAUUAUUGCCAGAAAAAGGGUUAAAACAGUGAUGUACAUUAGGAAUCAUGUGUCCAUGGGUUUAUAUUUCUGUAAGUGUGCCAAAUGUGUUGUUGACUCCACAUUAAACAAAUAUGUAAGACUGCUUUCUUC